AUGACGCAGCAAAGGUCAGCCGGAGCAUUAGCUGUAUACUAUUUGGGGAACCCGCAGAAUAGUAGAAACAAUCCGUAUUCAAACACGUACAAUCCUGGCUGGAGGAAUCACCCAAAUUUUAGUUGGAGUGGCAAGCAAGAAGGACACAAUGUUGGAACAUCCAAUGCUCCAGCAUUUCAGCAGAAGGUAAGUUAUUGUCCUGGUUUUGCGAAUCAAGGACAGAGGGUAGCACAGAAGCAAUCAGAAGGAUCAUUUGCAUCAUUGGAAAAGUUGAUGAAGCAAUACAUGGCCAAUAAUGACGUCAUUGUGCAAAGCCAGGCUGCAUCAUUAAGGAACCUAGAGUUGCAAGUAGGCCAGUUAGCGACGGAUUUGAAGAGCAGACCGCAAUUGCAUGUGAACAUAUUGGUGGAAGUUCUAGAGCAAAUGCCAAAUUAUAUGAGGUUCUUGAAAGAGAUACUCACAAAGAAGAGAACAUUGGGAGAGUAUGAGACUGUAGCAAUGACUAAAGCUUGCAGCACCAUACUCAUAAGCAAAAUUCCUGCAAAGAUGAAAGAUCCUGGGAGUUUUACCAUACCAGUUUCAAUUGGAGGACAACAGAUAGGACUUGCCUUAUGUGAUCUGGGCGCCAGCAUCAAUCUCAUGUCGUUAUCAAUUUACAACAAGUUGGUCAUUGCAGAAGAAGAUAAGAAGGUUUCUAUUAUUCUUGGAAGACCAUUCCUCCCAACUGAGAGAGUUUUAGUAGAUGUCCACAAAGGAGAGCUGACAAUGCGUGUGCAGGAUCAAGAAGUGAAAUUCUCGGUGCAUGACUCCAUGAAAUUUCCUACUGAAUCAGAAUAG